AUGACGCAGACACGUAGGUUACUGUUGAACGCGGCAAAAACGAAGCCUCACAAAGAGUGAAAUCCCUCAUGAAAAGCAAAAGGUUAAGCUGCGGAGGUCGAGGAGCGUCACCUAAAGGACACAAGUUGGAGAUAAAGAUGCAGGGACCCUCCGCGAGACGCGGCGUCAGCGGAGCGGGCCCCUGAGCCGACCCCCAACCACCGCGAUGCAUCUCUGGAGCGCUCGGGUGGUGCCACACCUGCUCAGACGCACUAACCCCGCCGCCAGGGGUUCACCCGAUGGCCGCCCAGCCUCGCAAGCCUCAGCUCGCCCAGUGCUCAGCGCGCCCUUCGCCCGUCGCCGCCAUGAAGACCGCCAGCCGCGCCCAGCCCCGCGGCAGCCCCCCGCUGGUCCAGAUGCGGCGCUACGCGCCCGGGGUGUAUCCUUUCCUGUUCCCGUCCAUCAUCAGCUCCCUGCCACAGCUGCCGCCGCCGCCAUCGCCGCAGAGGCUGCAGGUCCAGGCGCCGUCCAGCAGCGGCAGCACACCCUCGCCCGUCGCCAUUGAAACGCAGAGCACCAGUUCCGAGGAGCUGGUCCCCAGCCCGCCGUCCCCGCUGCCCCCUCCCAGGAUCUACAAGCCCUGCUUCGUCUGCCAGGACAAGUCCUCCGGGUACCACUAUGGUGUCAGUGCGUGUGAGGGCUGCAAGGUAGGACCGCAGUUAGUGUUCAACACCAACAGACAAACAAAACUGCUGCUCAACUCACAUCUUUGAACACACAUCCACUGUGAUGUAAAUGAUCGCUGGGCAUCACAAUGAGACCAGAAAAAGAGUCUUUUUUUAGUUAGCUGUAGAUGUAUUGGAUGCGCCGGAUUAUUUUUUUUUCGUUUCCUUCAGCGCCCCAACCCGAUUUUUCUUAUGCACUUCCUCUGUCUCAGU